AUGUCGCCUCUCAUCCACAAUUCAACACCGGACGAAGAAGUCCCAAUCCUCAUUAUUGGAGGUGGACCAUCAGGUCUUCUACUCGCUUUCCUUCUUGAACAGCUGAACGUGCGUUCCUUGAUCAUCGAGCGAUACCCAACAAGACUGGCAGCCCCUAAAGCGCACGCCCUGUCUCCAAGAUCUCUCGAAUUUUGUCGCCAAGCCGGACUAGAUGUGAAUGAGAUUCGCAGCCUUGGAAGUCCUCGUGAAGAUGCGUACUGGGUGAACUUCAUUACCAGUUUAACUGGCAAGCAAGUUGGUCGGCUUCCAUACGAAAGAAUGGACAAGGAGGUUCUUAAUGAUACUCCGACGGCAAGUCUUCUUCAACUAGCAUGUGAGAGAUAUCACGAUAAUAACUGGUUCCAGAUGAUCCAUAACAUUCCUCAACCUGCCUUUGAGGAUAUUAUAUCGAAGAGGCUGUUAAAGACUAGUUUUGUUGAAAUUCGAAAGAAUCAUUCGUUCAAUGACAAUGAGGUGAUAACGACUAUCGAAGACCGUGCCACUCAGAAGGAGUACAGGAUCGGAUCUCGACAUGUCAUCGCGUGUGAUGGUGCCAAAAGUGCUGUGAGGAAGCAUCUCGGUAUCACAAGCGAAGGCGAAGAAGCCACCGAAACUAUGAUGACGAUUCACAUCAAUGCUGAUCUUAGACCUGUGAUCAAAGAGCGAGUCGGUAUGCUUCAUUGGGUUAUGGAUCCACAGGUAUCCGGGUUUAUAAUCGGCUAUGAGCUGUCCGGUAAUCAAGUUCUGAUUUGCAAUUUCGAUUCCGAGAAACAUCCCGUGGACGCAUGGAACGAAGAGCAUUGCCGAAAAGUGGUAGAUGCGGCAUUUGGCGUCAAGAUACCAUAUGAUGUGCUCAGCUUCCGUCCAUGGCUCCUAAGUCGGAAAGUAGCACAUUCAUAUCGCGCUGGGAACGUCUUCCUAGCUGGUGAUGCUGCACAUUCAUUCCCGCCUACGGGCGGUCUCGGUCUGAAUUCAGGCCUGGGCGACGUGCACAAUCUUGCAUACAAACUUGCCGCUGCUCAUCAUGGAUGGGGCGGAGAUGAUCUACUUGAUACCUACGAGGCUGAACGUCGCCAGGUCGCUCUCAUCAAUGCAGAGCAAAGCGUGAAGAAUGGCAAGCAGAUAUUUGGCUUGCUGAAGGCACUUGGUACUACAGAUCCAGAUGUGGAGGUUUCUAGAAAAAAUCUCUAUCGGAAUAUUCAGGAUCCUGAGGCCAUGAUCGAGAUCAAUAAGGGAAUUGAAGGCCAGCGUGAGCACUUCGAUAACCUGGGUCUCCAUAUCGGUUAUGUGUAUGGUGACACGCAAGUUCCGAAAAAUGUUUCGCUAUUCAAGUCUUCGUGUGUCCCAGGAGCUCGACUUCCACAUGCCUGGAUUGAAGUGCUCACAGAGCAGCAGUUGCCACUGUGUGCCAUUGACUCUUCGUAUGUGCGAGAGCUAUCGAUUGAGCAAAUUUCUCAGAAGCGAUUCUCUACGUUAGACCUGUGUCGUCUUGGUUCUUUCACUCUUUUGGUUGAUGAGGGAAAUGCCGCCUAUUUCAAGUCGUCUGUUAAACGACUCUUCGAGGUUCUACCUGCACAUGUAGCUAGUGCUUUAUCACUGCGAGUUGUUGUGUAUGGGGUUGAUUUUACGCUUCAGCCUGGGUUGGAGAAUGCUCAGUGGCUCGACUUGAUGGGAUUAAGUGGACGUGCGGUACUAGUGCGCCCAGACCAACAUAUUUUGUCUUGUCUUCCAACAGAUUCAGGGCCAGAAAAGCUGCUUCAAUCUUUGAAGAUUCAUUUGUCGUGGUGA